UUUGAACUUAGGGCCUCACACUUGCUAUGCAGGUGCUCUACCACUUGAGCCACUCCACCAGCCCCUAUCUGAAGCUUCUGAAUGAAGACCUUUUAGGAUUUUAUGAAGGCUUCACUACAUAAGCAUAAUUGAUUAACUCAUUGGCCAUCAGUGAUCAACGUAACCUUCAACCCCUCUCUUCUCGAUGUGAUGAGGGUGUGGUACAAGUCCCAACUUUAUAAUCAUGCCUUAGUCUUUCUGACCAGCCCCCAUCCUGAAAGCUACCUAGGGGCUGCCACCUAUCAAUCAGUUAUUAACAUACAAAAAAAACUACUACUUCAGAGAUUCCAAUGAAUUUAGCAGUUGUACAUCCCAGGAAAUACAAUAUGGGUGGUGGUUGGGGUAACAAAUAUUCAGUCCAUAGCACGGUGAAAUGCUAGAAUAAUCAUGCUUUCAAGGUAAGCCUGUAUCUGAAAUACAUCUUUUGAAUGGAUUUCUACCCCUUGCACUGCUACUCAUAACCACCCUGAUGGGGUUUUUUAUGAUUAAGUUUACAAAUUAUUUGACAUACUCUUGAGCAGGCUCCAUUUCUUCUGGGACUCUGAGCCUGGAGAGUUUCAACCAAGUUUAAAGUCAGGAAAAGGGGGUGUGGACUUUGGGGCUGUACUGCUUAGCAGCUAGUCUCCUCCCCUUCCGCACUUUAGCUUUACACAGUAUGCAUUCUGGAAUGACAGGCAUUCCGGUGUGAAGAGAGCCAGCGUGAAGACAUAUUUGUAAGAGUCACAAGAGCUCAGGCCAGGACACAGAGAAACAAAACUCCAGCAUAUUAACCGACCUCAUGUCAUUUCCUGAUGUUUGGCAGUGACACAGAGAGAACUGCUAGUAUCUUCCUUAUGUGGAUUUAUCUUUUAAGAGAAGUUUCUUUUCGUGUGGGACAGUUUGUUGUCGUGAGAUACAUCUAAGAGAAUAUAAUCAUGGGGCAAGCUGAUGUCUCCAGACCGGUAAAUCCAGAUGCACUUGAGGAAGCAGACCAGCCUACUGGAGACCCAGGCAUGCUCAUGGACAGUGUGGAAGUGGGAGACACAACACCUCCCACCAAAAGAAAGAGCAAGUUCUCAGGCUUUGGCAAGAUCUUCAAGCCCUGGAAAUGGAGGAAAAAAAAAAGUAGCGAUAAAUUCAAAGAGACAUCAGAAGUUUUAGAGCGAAAAAUAUCUAUGCGAAAACCAAGAGAAGAGCUGGUUAAAAGAGGGGUUCUGUUGGAAGACCCUGAGCAGGGUGGUGAGGAUCCAGGGAAGUUGAGCCAUGCUAUGUUAAAGAAUGGCCAUACCACCCACAUAGGGAGUACCAGAUCAUCUAGUCCAGUCCCAAUAGAAGAAGAGCCAGUAAGAAUAUCAAGUCUUAGGGAUCCUAUUACAGAUGAGGAGGACCCAAAGAAACAACUAGGCUCAACUGGAAGCUGGCCUAAUUCUGAAGCAGAGUCUGUUUCUGAGAAUGUACCCAAACAACCUUUACUCCCCCCAAAAAGACCCUUAUCCUCUUCUCAUGAAGCAAGUGAAGGGCAAGCAAAGGAUGUUACUUCUGGCAGCAUGGCAAGGUCCAUCUCUUCCACCUCCGCCUCCUCUACCACCAUAGCACCUGCUGCCACCACUGCUGCCACAAACCUAGCAAAGACUGUUAAUUCCUUUGUCACCCCUUCCCCAGCACCAAGGACUGUGCCUGCUGCUUCUGCCAGCACUAACACUACUGCUACCCCGAGCCUUACUCAUAUGGUCCCUGCCAAGCAGCCCCCAGUUCCUCCCCCUAAACCAGCUCACAGAAAUAGCAUACCUGUCAUUGCUGAACUGUCUCAAGCAAUAAACAGUGGCACAUUGUUAUCAAAGCCAUCCCCACCCUUACCACCUAAGAGAGGCAUUCCUUCAACCUUGGUGCCCUCCUCAGAGUCUGCUGUUGCCAUCACCACAAAAGCACCGAGCGAUCAAAGAGAGAGGAACAUGUGCUCUGUGGGCUCUGAACCACUGCUGAUGAUCCCACCUUCCUCCCCAUCACCCCCACUGCCUACUCACAGACCUCCAGAGCCCCCUCAGUCUCCUCCAUUCCUUGCUAAGACUUUUCUUCAAGUUGUGCCAGAGGUUGAGUUUUUACCUUCUUCAGAUCUACUCCAUGAGGUUCCCCAGAAGGAAGAUCAGAAAGAGGAAGUCCCCAAGAAGAUAUUGGACCAGAGUUUUGGGGAGCCCCAUAUACCCUCUAGGCUUCCCCCAGUCCCAUUGCAUAUUCGAAUUCAGCAAGCCCUGACUAGUCCCCUUCCCAUGACUCCUCCCUUGGAGGGCUCUCAUAGAGCUCAUUCAUUGCUCUUCGAGAACAGUGACAACUUUUCUGAGGACAGUAAUACCCUGGGUCGGACCAGGUCACUUCCCAUCACUAUUGAAAUGCUGAAAGUUCCAGACGAUGAAGAAGAAGAGGAGCAAACCUGCCCUUUGGCAUUUGUUGAAGAUGUGACAUCUACCUCAGUCAUUCCUAAACUACCACAGUGUCUGCAAGAGGAAGAGGAAGAGAAGGAGAGUGACUCAGAUUCAGAGGGUCCCAUUCAAUACCGAGAUGAAGAGGACGAAGAUGAAAGCCAUCAGAGUGCUUUGGCGAACAAAGUGAAGAGGAAGGACACACUAGCAAUGAAGUUGAGCCACAGAUCCAGUGAACCAGAGUUGAACUUGAAUUCUUGGCCUCAUAAAAGCAAGGAGGAGUGGAAUGAAAUACGGCAUCAGAUUGGGAACACACUGAUCCGGCGACUGAGUCAAAGACCAACACCGGAAGAACUAGAACAACGGAAUAUUCUACAACCUAAAAAUGAAGCUGAUCGCCAGGCAGAGAAACGAGAGAUUAAACGUCGGCUCACUAGGAAGCUCAGUCAAAGGCCAACUGUGGCUGAACUACUUGCCAGGAAGAUUCUGAGAUUUAAUGAAUAUGUGGAGGUAACAGAUGCCCAAGAUUAUGACCGGCGAGCAGACAAACCUUGGACCAAACUAACUCCUGCUGACAAGGCUGCCAUAAGAAAAGAAUUAAAUGAAUUUAAAAGCUCAGAGAUGGAGGUUCAUGAAGAGAGCAAACAUUUUACACGUUACCAUCGUCCAUGAUGCUCAAGUUGGAGAGAGGAACGACUCCUCCAAAAACCAGGCUGCUUUGCUGCUUUUCUUCAGAGCUACAUAUGGAGGGAACUUUAGCACUUCCCAGCACAGCCAGAAUUGCAUCCUCUGGGAUGUGGUUUUGGGGUGAACAGCACUUCUAUGAAUGUAGCCUUUCACUGGAACGGUUUCUCCUGUGCUGCCCCUGGGGCAAAACUGAGUAUUUUGUCACUGCUUUUGAACUUUUUAACAUUGCAGCAUUCUUGAGGGGUUUUCCCUCGCCAGCCACCAAAAUUUUGAGCCACUAUCAGGUUCUGAGUUUUACUGGCUGCACCACAUCUGCCCUAAGAUGACUAUCUGUGCUGAGGCCCAGUUUGCACCGUUAGCCUUACCUGCCCUGACUCCACUGUGUGGACACUAAUUUCCAGCCAUCCAAUCCAGUUGUCGGUGGAGAAAGCCUUCUGGAGUCCCCAGUCUCUGGCAAAGGUCCCCCUCUUGCAGAGGAAACCUUUGAACCACACUGUAUGUCAUUUGAAAGCAUUGCACUGCACCUCUUGUAACACAGCAACAUGGUCCUCUCAGGUAUGUGAGCCUGAGAGGAAGCUCAGGAUCUGACAUGUUCCUCCAAUGCACUUGUCAUCCUGGUUUUAAUUUUUAAAUGAUCUUGAAGAAACAGUCUGAGCUGCAACCAGAAUCUAAGUUGUUCAAACCAGAAAGCCAUGUAUAUUUUCUGUAUACAAAAAUAAGAAAAAGGCCUUAAUAUCAAUGCCACCUUGGCAGAAAACUGACUUAUGGCUUAAAUUUUAUAGGCCAUGUACUUUUUUGGUUUUUUUGUUUGUUUGUUUUCUUUGAGACAGAAUCUCACUAUGUAGCCCAGACUGGCCUCAAACUCAUGAUCUUCUUGCCUCAGUCUUCUUGAUGCUGGAAUUACAGACGUGCAUCAACACAUCCGGCUAGACUGUUAUACUUUUCUUGUACCAAAUGAUUUUGUAUAUCACUUCAACCAAUAGAUGUAUUCUCCUCCAUUAAGCAGAGUUGUAGGUACUCUGUGGGAGUACCCCACAUUUCAGCCAGAAUCACAGCAAGGUCCUAAGGGAUGUGGGGUGCUGUAUAGGAAAAGAUCUUUGGAAAAGCACAAAGGAGGGGCCUAGUCAUGGCCCACUGCUUUUGUCCCUCAGUGCUGUUGGCCCUUCCCUGCUGCACAUUCCCUCUUCACUCCCACAUGGUCUGCUUGCCAACCCUCGCAGCUCCCACCUCAUUUGCCUUCCAUUUCUAAUCUGUAGCCAGUGUGGUUAAUGCCUAGGCAUUGGCUCAGCUCCUGCCCCAUUUUGUAUUUGUGAUAAAGACUCUUAAAACAGAAGGUUUGGUUACUUUUCUUGAAUCUCUGUUGAAAACCAUAGAGCUUCACUAUUUCCCUUUUAAUUCUUACCUACAUUGUAAGUGGGGAAAAACAAUUCCUAUUUAACUGAUGAAUGUGGCUUUUCUUCUUCACUUUAGUAUUUAGGACUGUUUUAUACAUCUCUUCUGAUUUAUUCUGUGGUUCUGUCAUUUUUUUCUAUAUAUAAUAUUUUAGCAUAUUUUUCUUUCAGAAUAUCUGGUCAAAACAAAGGCUAAAGUGACUUUAUUUUUGUUUUGUUUUGGGUACUGGGGUUUGAACUCAGAGCCUACACCUUGAGCCACUCCACCAGCCCUUUUUUUGAUGAGUUUUUUUGAGAUA